AGUUGAGGGGCUUCAGCUUUAUGUUUGGUUUACACUGGCAAUAAGGUUGCAGUGAGAUCAAUGUCCCUUGGACCCAUUUUGUGUCUUCCGUGCGGGUUCUUUGGACAGAUGUCCCUUAAUUUUAAGGUGGUGACACUAAGAGGCCUGGCACAGGGCUUGGAAGACAGGGCUGGGAAAUGGGCCCCGCAGGAGGCUGGGUGGGGACUGACGGGCUGCCUCGGAGAAGCAGAGCACACAGAGGAGCCACCCUAGGCGGGGACGAGGGCUGCUGACUGCCACCGCUCAGCCUGGUUACACUGCAGGUUCAGAACCCAAAACCACAGCCCAGGAGGAUGUCAUGCUGUCUAAGCAGGGAGGGGCCGAGCCCACCGUCCUUGCCUAGAACACACAGGUCCUGCUGCCUCCGAAACACAAGGACAAGGUGGGCACGAAACAGGGCAGGAGGUGCAGAGGCUGUGGGGAUGAGAAGUCGUCCAGAGCUCAGAGGCAAGAGAUCUGGGCACAGGUACAGCUGCCCCCGCAUGGCCCCGGGCAGGUCAAUGAAGGCUGCUGGGAACCAGGUUGUCCCUCAGAAGACGGCCACAGUCCUGCGUCCCAUGAUGGGGGAAGGACCACGCUGGAUGAGGAGUUUCCACCACAAGAACACUUCCUAAGGCCAGCUGCCUGCAGAGGGAGUCUGUGUCCUGGGACUGCUGGGGCCAGGACUGGACAAUGCCCCUGCCUGCAGCUUUCCCAGCUGCCAGAACCCAGCUUGGACCAGGCCCACCCCAGCUCCUGCCCCCAGGGAUCCACGUGGGAUGGGACACAGCCCAGAUGUGACGGGAGAUUUAUGAGCUGGGCCACAUCAUAGGCAAACAAACACCCCUAAUCCCGGCAGACUCCAGCUUUCAGCAACACGGAAGGGGAAGCUGUGGGCCCGGCGACAACAAGGCCAGGGGGAAUAAAAGCCCGAGAACCCCAGCACCUCACAGGCUCACUCCCUCAUCCGCUCACUCCCUCACCCUCCGCCAGUUCACCCCCAGCAUGGCCGCGUCCACCACGUCCGUCUAUUCCAGCAACAUGAGCUAUGGCAGCCGCGUCUGCCUUCCUGGUCCCUGUGACUCUUGCUCUGACUCCUGGCAGGUGGACGACUGCCCAGAGAGCUGCUGUGAGCCCCCAUGCUGCACCCCCAGCUGCUGCACCCUGGCCCCCUGCCUGACCCUGGUCUGCACCCCAGUGAGCUGUGUGUCCAGCCCCUGCUGCCAGGUGGUCUGUGAGGCCAGCCCCUGCCAAUCAGGCUGCACCAGCUUCUGCACACCCUCGUGCUGCCAGCAGUCUAGCUGCCAGCCAGCCUGCUGCACCUCCUCCCCCUGCCAGCAGUCCUGCUGUGUGCCCGUCUGCUGCAAGCCUGUCUGCUGUGUGCCCACCUGUUCUGAGGAUUCCUCUUCAUGCUGCCAGCAAUCUAGCUGCCAGCCAGCCUGCUGCACCUCCUCCUCCUGCCAGCAGUCCUGCUGUGUGCCCGUCUGCUGCAAGCCUGUGUGCUGUGUGCCCACCUGUUCUGAGGAUUCCUCUUCAUGCUGCCAGCAAUCUAGCUGCCAGCCAGCCUGCUGCACCUCCUCCCCCUGCCAGCAGGCCUGCUGUGUGCCCGUCUGCUGCAAGUCUGUCUGCUCUGGGGCUUCCACAUCAUGUUGCCAGCAGUUUAGCUGCCAGCCAGCUUGCUGCACCACCUCCUGCUGCAGACCCUCCUCCUCUGUGUCCCUCCUCUGCCGCCCCGUGUGCAGGUCCACCUGCUGCGUGCCCGUCUCCUCCUGCCAGACCAGCUGCUGCUACCCGGCCUCCUGCGUGUCCCUCCUCUGCCGCCCCACGUGCUCCCGCCCGGCCUGCUACAGCCUCUGCUCUGGCCAGAAGUCCAGCUGCUGACGGCGCUGAAUGUCAUCCAGAGUCUCUUCCCACCUGGGGCUGACCUCCAAGGGGUCCCAGCCAGCUCCUCCCUCUCUGGCAUUGACACCCUCAGAAUAUGGGGCAGGCUCUUUGUCUCAGGGACCAGGAUGCUCCCCCAGUCCUUCCCAGAUGCUGGCUGCACGGGGGACCCCAGCUGCUCCCCCAGACCCAAGUUCUGCAGAACUGACCCCAGCAGGCCUGGUUCCACCCUGGGCAGUGCCCCUCUGAGUUCUAAUAAAGCCGCCUCUGUCUCACACCAACCUCUGUCCUGUCUGUGGACCCCCGGGGGGCACAGGGUGAGGUGGGAAGUGAUGCCACCCCUGACUGCAGGGACAGUCCUGACCCCCAGCAGGCCUGGUUCCACCCUGGGCAGCGCCCCUCUGAGUCCUAGGAAAGCUGCCCCUGUCUCUGUCGACCUUCGAUCCUGUCUGUGGACCCCGAGGGGCGUGGGAUGAGGCAGGAAGCAAUGCGCCUGGUGCUGGCCUCUGUGAACCCUGAAGGCCAGGCUCCCUCUUAGCCCCGUGGGCCCCCAGCCCCAGCACGUGACGCCCCAGCCCAUCUUAGGGAAGCUGCCUCUGGAACCAAGGCCAGGAGUUUUGGGACAAAGUGGACCCUGGCAGCAGCUCUGGGCCCCUGAGCCACAUUCACCCUCCCCAGCUCCAUGGCUGCCCCUCAGGACUGGGGUAGCCCACCCGGGGCCUGGCUCCACCCAGCAGCCUCACCGGUCCUGUUACCCCUGGGGAGACCAGCUAUGGACCACAGUGCCCAUCCCUGCAGCCCUCGUCUCCUCCACAGUAAGACGUGGGACAGCCCCUCCCCCAGGACUUGAGCCCAGAAGCCUGGGGUUCUUCAUGGGGUUCUUGAAUACCCAUUGCUCAGGCAUCGCUGGC